AUGUCUCUGAACCAGAUGCAAAUCAAGCAGGAGCUGCAGCUCCCCCCCGGCUUGGGUAAAACCACCCCGAAACAGAGCCCGGAGCAUCCCCAAAUCCCGGUGCCCGACCCCUGCCCCGAGCCGCUCCCGGCCGCGGCGAAAUUCCCGGAAAAGGCGAUCCCAGAACCGGGAAAAGGGGAAGCUGCCGUGCCCCAGGAGCAGCAAUCCCAAUCCCCCCCGGAAUUCCCGAAUCCCGAGGCUGCUCCGCGCCUGGAAGAGAAAUCCUGCCCGGAACCGACGCUGGAGAAGCAGGAGGCCAAGGAGAUCCCGGUUCCCGUUCCCGUUCCCUGCGCCCAGGAGAAGCAGCAGAGCAAGGAAAUCCCGGUGUCCAUCCCGGAAAAGCAGGAAUGCAAGGAAAUCCCGGUGUCCAUCCCAGAAAAACAGGAGUGCAAGGAAAUCCCGGUGUCCAUCCCGGAAAAGCAGGAAUGCCAGGAAAUCCCGGUGUCCAUCCCGGAAAAACAGGAAUGCAAGGAAAUCCCGGUGUCCAUCCCAGAAAAGCAGGAAUGCCAGGAAAUCCCGGUGUCCAUCCCCGACCCUGUCCCGUGUUCCCAGCAGAAGCAGCAGUGCCAGGAAAUCCCAGUGUCCAUCCCUGACCCUGUCCCGUGUUCCCAGGAAAAGCAGGAAUGCAAGGAAAUCCCCGUGUCCAUCCCAGAAAAGCAGGAAUGUAAGGACACCCCUGUCCCCAUCCCAGUUUCGUGCCCUGAGCCCACUCCAUGUGCCCAGGAAAAGCAGGAAUGCAAGGAAAUCCCGGUGUCCAUCCCGGAAAAACAGGAAUGCAAGGAAAUCCCGGUGUCCAUCCCGGAAAAACAGGAAUGCCAGGAAAUCCCGGUGUCCAUCCCAGAAAAACAGGAAUGCAAGGACACCCCUGUCCCCAUCCCAGUCCCAGACCCCACCCCGUGCUCCCAAGAAAAGCAGGAAUUCCAGGAGAUCCCGGUGCCUGCCCCGUGCUCCCAGGAAAAGCAGGAAUUCCAGGAGAUCCCGGUGCCCGCCCCGUGCUCCCAGGAAAAGCAGGAAUUCCAGGAGAUCCCGGAGCAGCGCUCCCUUCCCGAGAAAUUCCCUCCCCUGGAGCAGCAGCUGGAGCAGCCCGGCCCGUGGCAGAAAUAGAGGGAAAAUCCCGAUCCCGGGGGUUUUCUCCCCGAAUCCAGAGGUUUUUUCCAAGCCUUUUUUUUGUUGUUGUUGUUGGUUUUUUUUU